UAAAGCUGUGAGCUAAAAUUCGCGACGGUUGGAAGGCCGCGGUGAGAGUAUCCUGUGUCGGUCUCUCGUCAAGGUAUCUGCGACCUCUCCCUCCUCUUUCGGUAACCUCACGCCAAGGUUGGGAGCUGUAGGAUUUCUUCCGUUCUGGAUCCGACGCAUGGUCUCCCUUCCACGCUGGGAUCAUGAACACAUCGAACGACAGGAGGAUGGCGAGCAAGAUCUCCCGCCUAUUCUAUGAAACUCCAUCAGUGUCUCACAACGACGGCGAUUCUUCCCCUACUUGCCGCCCAUCAAAGCCGCAGGCAUUACCUGUUGCCGUGGAUGAAAUUUCUUCCCAGAAGAGAUUUACUUUUUCUUCAUUUUUUUUCUCUCUGCUCCCUGCUACAUGCUCUGGUGUUGGGCAAACAGUUUCGUGUAGUACUCAAGGUCAUAGAUUAUCUCCAUCUCAAUCACAUUCUAGAAGUUCGAAAUCUAGCAUUUCUGCUUUCAAAGAUGGACCGUUGGAAAAUGACAAGGUUGACGAACCUGAAAUCAAUAUUGAUCUUACAUCUUCUGUUGCUAAAGGAAAUGAAAUUGAUGUUUCUGAAAGGCGUGUUAAGGCUGCAGAGACAACUGAAGAGUCGUCUUCCUCAAAAGCCUCAUCAGUGUUGAUUCCCCAUCUUACGGAGAAAUCAACGUUUGUAACUGCUGAUUUGUUUGACUUCCUUCAUUCAUGCCUCCCUAACAUUGUGAAAGGAUGUCAAUGGGUGUUAUUGUAUAGUUCCAUGAAGCAUGGGAUAUCGCUUCGAACACUAAUUCGUAGGAGUGCUACUGUUACGGGUCCAUGUUUACUAGUUGUUGGAGACAUGCAAGGAGCUGUAUUUGGUGGUUUGUUGGAUAGUCCUCUAAAGCCUACAAUCAAAAGAAAAUACCAAGGUACAAGUCAAACUUUCGUAUUCACGACAAGAUAUGGGGAACCAAGGCUCUUCAGAGCAACCGGUGCAAAUAGGUUCUACUAUUUGUGCUUGAAUGAAUUCUUAGCUUUUGGUGGUGGUGGUAGCUUCGCAAUAUGCCUGGAAGAGGAUUUAUUGCGUGGGACAAGUGGACCUUCUGAGACAUUUGGGAACAUGUGCUUGGCUCACACUGAAGAUUUUGAAUUGAAGAAUGUGGAGCUUUGGAGUUUCUCCCAUUCUUCCCGUUACCUCGUCUAAUCAGUCCAGGAAGUUUGCUUCUACCAUCAUUAUUUCUUCCACUUAUAUAUUAUUUAUUUCAUUUAUUCAUUUAUAUUGUAUCUCCUUUUUUUUUUUUUAAAGUAAUAGGUCAUAAAUACAGAGUUUUUAGAAAUAUUUUUAUAAGAGAUUAAAUAAUGGGGAUAUUUUAUUAAUUAUGUGUGUCAUGUGUGCUUAAAUGUUCAAUUACUUGAUGUAUGCAAACAGUUAAGAUUAAUUUUAGUUUUUUUU